GUUUUAAACCCUGCUAUAUAAACUCCGCGAACCCUUGUUCCAUAGUUGCCGAGAGCCAUUGUUUGUUGAAGGUGCCCAAUUAAGCCGCAAUGGUGAAGUAUUCAAGGGAACCUGACAAUCCCACCAAGUCUUGCAAGGCUAGAGGCGCCGACCUUAGGGUUCAUUUCAAGAACACUAGGGAAACUGCCUUUGCAAUCAGGAAGCUGCCCUUGGUUAAGGCUAAAAGAUACUUGGAAGAUGUUCUUGCACAUAAACAGGCCAUUCCAUUCAGACGUUUCUGCCGUGGCGUUGGAAGGACAGCCCAAGCUAAGAAUAGACACUCUAAUGGCCAAGGACGGUGGCCAGUUAAAUCAGCGAAAUUCAUCCUCGAUUUGCUUAAGAAUGCUGAGAGCAAUGCUGAAGUGAAAGGUUUGGAUGUUGAUGCGCUGUACAUUUCUCACAUUCAAGUCAAUCAAGCACAGAAGCAAAGACGCCGAACAUACCGAGCCCAUGGAAGAAUCAAUCCUUAUAUGUCAUCUCCAUGCCACAUAGAGUUGAUAUUAUCUGAAAAGGAAGAACCUGUCAAGAAGGAGCCCGAGACUAAGUUGACAACAAGCAAGAAGUCCCAAGCUCUCCGAAGUGGUGCUUCGUCUUAAGUUUCUACUUAAUUGUUUGAGGCACAAUAUUCCUAGAUAAUCUCAAGAGAUUUUUGUUUAUUUUAUUUUCCUGUUAUUGUUUGGAACAAGUUUCAUACUGUGUUUCGAAUUAAUUUGAGUUAAUUGGAAUAUUUUAUUUAGUCUUUUUGGA